AUGGAGAAUAAUGAUAUAAGUACGUGGUCUCAGCUUCCUACUGAAAUCCUCGUUACCAUCUUAAUGGGUCUAUAUCCAGUAGAUUGUAUCCAUGCCGGUGCAGUCUGCGUAUCGUGGCAUGCAGCCAUGACGAGGAUGGCGGCCCGCAAUCUCAACUUACCAAUGCAUAAACUCCCAUGCCUUAUUCUCUCAAAAAAUCAAGAAACCAAAAUUCAUAGAUUUCUCAGUCUAUCAGACAACAAGAUAUACAGGCUAUAUGUUUGUCAGUCACUUGGAGCAAGCUUGUUAGGAUGUUUAAAUGAAUGGUUGAUUUUGAUGGAUAACAAGAACAAUGGAUGCUUUAUAUUGAAUGUAAAUUCCAAAGAACGAAUCCAACUCCCGCGGCAGGCUAGAGUUUGGAACUUGGCUGGAAACCGUAAUGUUGAAGAUUUCUGGGAGCAUGGUCCGAGAGCUGUUGGUAAGGCUAUUUUGUCUUCGGACCCUACUUCCGUUGAUUGUAAGGUUGUGAUUACAUAUUUAGAAAAUACACUGGUAUUUUUAAAUUUGGGAGAUCCAGUAUGGACGGCUUUUGAAGGAGAAUCCGACAAAUAUCGGUACUUACACGAUAUUAUAUUUUAUCAUGGCUUACUACAUAUAGUAAGAUAUAACAACGAACUCACCAUCUAUGAGUUGGGUCACGAUCCAGACUCCACAAAUCAGAAGAUGCUUCCACUAGCAGAGCCUAGAUAUCCUCCGUUGGGUCUGCCUUUCGUUGAUGACAUCCACUUGGUUGAAUCACAUGGAAACUUACUAAUGAUUUUAAGAUUUUAUGAGUAUUUUGGUGAACGUAGAUUUCACAGGCGGACAACAUGCUUUCAUGUUUUUAAGAUGGACGCUAGUGGGACUCAUUGGAUAAAUAUGAAAAGUUUGGAUGGUCAGAUGAUUUUCUUGGGGUAUCCCAAGUCUCUUUCAACUGAAGGAUUGUCAGAUUUCAAAAGGAACUGUAUCUAUUUUACUAGUACCGGUGCUACCUACAAUUAUGAUUCAGCUAAUGAUUCAGGUAUCUUCAACUUAGAAGACGGUAGCAUCAAGCGCUUUCCUUCAAAAAUUCGCUGCUCAGUUUCCAAUCCAGCAACAGGGAUAAUACCAUAUACAUUGUAA